AUGGCCAAGCUCCUCCUGCUUUACUCGUCCCCUCAUUUCACCCUCGCCGGUCGCCGAACCUUCACUUCUCUUCUCCUCUCCAAACCUCACGACUCCCUCUCUCUUCCGCAGUCAGCCAUCCGUCGCCACCGAUUGACUGUCCCGUCCAGUCCUCACUCCCCAUUGGAUUCUGGAUUUCGCCGCGGGAACUUCUCUGUUAACGCAUUUGAUUCCUCAGACGAGACCAAAACAGGAGAAAAGGGGAAGGAUGAUGAUAAAGAGAAGACUGAAGAAGCUGAGGAGUCUAAAACUGCAACGGCUAAGAAAACCAAUGUCGAUUACCCUCGGGGGGAUUUCGAGUUUCGGGAGAUUGGGGCUUGGACUCGAUUUCUCGUUAAGCUACGGAUGCUAAUUGCUUAUCCUUGGGAGCGAGUCCGCAAGGGCAGUGUCCUGACUAUGAAAUUGCGUGGCCAGGUAUCUGAUCAGCUAAAGAGCCGUUUCUCGUCAGGGCUAUCUCUGCCUCAGAUUUGUGAGAAUUUUGUAAAAGCUUCUUAUGAUCCUCGCAUUUCUGGUAUUUAUCUACAUAUAGACUCCCUAGCUUGCGGGUGGGGUAAAGUUGAAGAAAUACGGAGGCAUAUAUUGGAUUUCAAGAAAUCAGGUAAGGUCAUAGUUGCCUACACCCCUACUUGCAGGGAGAAGGAGUAUUAUCUUGCUUGUGCUUGUUCGGAGAUAUAUGCCCCUCCAAGUGCAUAUUUCUCGUUAUAUGGCUUGACUAUUCAAGCAUCCUUUCUCGGAGGUCUUUUUGAGAAGGUGGGAAUUCAGCCCGAAGUUCAGAGGAUUGGUAAAUACAAGAGUGCUGGUGAUCAACUAACUCGGAAAACUAUGUCGGAGGAAAAUUGUGAGAUGCUGACUGCAUUGCUCGAUGACAUAUAUGGGAAUUGGUUGGAGAAAGUUUCUUCUGAAACAGGAAAGAAAAGAGAAGAUUUGGAGAACUUCAUUAAUGAAGGAGUAUACAAAGUUGAGAGGCUGAAAGAUGAAGGCUUAAUAACGGGCAUACUCUAUGACGAUGAGGUCAUAUCACUGUUGAAAGAGAAACUUGGAGUUCAGAAGGAGAAAGUUCUUCCUAUGGUUGAUUACAGGAGGUAUUCUCGAGUUAGGAACUGGACCCUUGGUUUAGUUGGUGGAAAAGACCUAAUAGCUGUGCUCCGAGCAUCUGGGAGCAUCAGUCGUGUUCGGGGUCCAUUAAGUGUACCUGGUUCUGGAAUCAUUGGGGAGCAAUUUAUUGAGAAGCUUCGUUCGGUGAGAGAAUCUAAAAGAUAUAAAGCUGCUAUCAUCAGAAUUGACAGUCCUGGAGGUGAUGCUCUUGCUUCGGAUUUAAUGUGGAGGGAAAUCCGACUUUUGGCUGCUUCAAAACCUGUAAUUGCUUCAAUGGCUGACGUUGCAGCCAGUGGAGGAUACUAUAUGGCUAUGGCAACAGAUGUCAUUGUUGCUGAAAAUUUGACAUUGACUGGUUCAAUUGGAGUGGUUACAGGAAAGUUCAACUUGGGGAAACUUUAUGAAAAAAUCGGGUUUAACAAGGAGAUAAUAUCCAGGGGCCGAUAUGCAGAACUUCUUGCAGCUGAACAGCGGCCUUUCAGGGCAGAUGAAGCAGAACUAUUUGAAAGAUCCGCUCAAAAUGCAUAUCAGCAAUUUCGUGACAAGGCAGCAUUUUCAAGAUCGAUGGAUGUGGAUGAGAUGGAAAGCGUAGCACAAGGUAGAGUCUGGACUGGUAUACAAGCAGCAUCACACGGUCUAGUGGAUGCAACUGGUGGUCUUUCACGAGCUAUCGCUAUUGCCAAACUGAAAGCCAAUAUACCUCAAGAUAAACCAGUAACCCUUGUUGAGAUGUCGAGGCCAUCUCCCACGCUACCAGAACUUUUGAGCGGGAUCGGCAGUUCUAUAGCUGGGGUCGACACAACUCUAAAAGACCUUCUGCAGGAGCUGACGGUUUCCGAAGGAGUUCAAGCCCGGAUGGAUGGAAUAAUGUUCCAGAGACUGGAAGGUGGAGCUCCAUACGCCAACCCCUUUAUUAAUCUGAUCAAAGAUUACCUAAGUUCCAUAUGA